UUGGAGGUAGGGGGGUGGGCACAUGAGAAAAACAAGAUUUUGUAAGUGUGUAUUGCAUCAUUGCUGCUACUAUCAACAUGACUGGACCGUCUCCCCAGGCUGUCAUGUUGCUAAUAAAUACUAGUUUACUAAACCAGCAACAGAAACUUUGGAAAUUAUUUCAAAUAGUUUUAGUUUAAUCCAAACUAAAGUAAAUAUGUUUUGUGAACAGCAGUACUGAACUAAAAAUUCCUAAAGCUUUCACCACUUUUCAGUCUGGUGGUUUUAUCACCCCUGGUUUACUAGAUUGAGAGGCAACAGGCCUUAAGAAUAAUUACAUUUAUCUUGCAGUGCACUCAGCCCUCCUUCUCCCCCUCCUCUCUGAGAAGAUUGUUUCAGAGUAAUUUGUCAAAUGUGAGAAGGAGCAAUUAAGAAAGAUGGCAUAAGCUGGGAUUUGUAGUGUAUAUAAAGUCAUGGGCGAGUGUUGAGCUGUCGCUCCUCCCUUACAGAAUGGGUCAAGCUGCUAACCUUCCAUGUAGGAGAGGAGAGUCCUACAUUACAGAGCUUUACGAAUGGUUCAGAAAGUUUAUUAAUGAAUGUCCAAGUGGGCUGAUCACACUUCAUGAGUUUCAAAGGCAUUUCUGUAAUGGAACUGCAGGCGGCGAAUCAGCUGAGUAUGCGGAACAGAUUUUCCGCACAUUGGACAAUAAUGGGGAUGGGGUGGUUGAUUUCAGAGAGUAUGUCAUGGCCAUCAGCAUGCUGAUUGAAGGCUCGGCUGCGGAGAAACUGUGCUGGUCAUUCAAGCUCUAUGACAAAGACAGAGAUGGAGCCAUUACGAAGGAGGAAAUGCUAGAGAUCAUGCAAGCUGUUUAUAAAAUGAAUGUAGCAGCAGCUUUAACCAAACCCAACACACUGACAGCUGAAGAAUGCACCAACAGGAUAUUUGUGAGAUUAGAUAAAGACAACAAUGACAUCAUCAGUCUGGAGGAGUUCAUACAGGGAGCGCUGGAUGAUGAUUGGAUCAGAGAGAUGUUGGAAUGUGACCCCAGCACAGUGAAGGUGGAGAGACCCCUGCGGAGGGAUACUGCUUUGGGGACCCACGGAUGACCUGACUGGCUGUGGUAUUCACUGGAUGGGGGAACAUGAGCCCCUUUGGACUGAAUUUUCCAGGGAUUAUAUUAUAUUAUAGUCUGUUGCAUAAUCUGAAUGUAGAUGCGUUGAAGCAGAAAAUGUAUGUUACUUUAUCAAGUUUCUACAACAUUAAAUGCGAUAUUUGCUUUUCCCUCAACUCUCCAUAUUUUCUAUUGAUAUCUUCCUUGUUGUAUAAUUUAAUGCAAUUUCAAUAAUAAUAAUAAUUUCUGCUUUCAUUGUAUUUAUAAAACAUAUUACGGCUCUCAUAAGAAUGAGAUGCCACAUGUCCUACUUAUAUUGCACCAUUAAGCACUUGUGGCUUUAUUAACUAGCGUGAUGUGAUGCCCCAAAAUGAAUAAUAAGUUACAUAUUUAAAAUGUUAUUUAUUAUUCGUAAUUGCCUUCCUUAUUUGGCCUACAGACCUACAUUUUCUCUAAUAAAGAUGACAAAAAUC